GGGGAGAGAGAGGGACAGGGAGGGAGAGAAAGGGAGAGGGAGAGCACAGGAGCAAACAGAUUACAGCUGCACUACGAGCUAUGGUGGUGCACACACACACACACACACACACACACACAGACACACACACACACACACACACGCACACACACACACACACACACACACACACACACCCACACCCACACACACCGCUCUCCCUCCCUCUCUCCUCCUCUCUGGGAGCCGCUACAACAACAUGAACAUCAUCACACCGGGUGCUCUCCCCCUCGGCUGAGGGAGUGAAGAGGAGAGGAGAGGAGAGGAGAGGAGCAGAGAGGAGAGGAGGGGAGAGGACAAGGAGCCAAGAAUAGAAGAGAGGAGAAGAGAGGAGAGAGGGAAUGAAGAAAGAGAGGAGAGGAUAGGAGAGGUGAUCCCUGCACAAAAUCAACACAAACCAUAGUUUUGUUCUCGUGAAGGUUCUGGACCAGAGGAACCCGUUCUGAUUGGACGAUGGACCCUACAGCUGCGGUCAGGAGUAAGUGAAAGAACAGCGCCUCAACUUUGCUCCUCUCUCUCUCCCCCUCUCUCUCUCCCCCUCUCUCUCUCUCCCCCUCUCUCUCUCUCGCUCCUCAUACAUCCAGAGGACUCUCCACCGUCCCGCUGUCGCUCGUCCCAUGUAUCGGAGCGCGGCCCCCCCGCUCCGGGGCCCCAGGGCCACCCGGGGUCUCUGGCGGCUGUGGCCCCUGGUCUGCUGGUUGUCCCUGGCGACGGGCUCCGCCACGUCGGCCCCUGAGAGGGGGGAGACGGGCCCCGGCUAUGCCGGGGUGACGGAGGAGUGGAGGAUCACCCCGACCACCCCCGCCGCCGCGCUACGCCUGCAGCCGGACCUACAGAAGGAGGAGUCACAGACAGACCUACAGACGGAGGAGUCACAGACAGACCUACAGACCGAGGAGUCACAGACAGACCUACAGACGGAGGAGUCACGGACAGACCUACAGACGGAGGAGUCACAGACAGACCUACAGACGGAGGAGUCACGGACAGACCCACAGACCGAGGAGUCACAGACAGACCUACAGACGGUCCUACAGACAGAGGAGUCGGGGAGAGAGUCACGGACAGACCUACAGACGGAGGAGUCACAGACAGACCUACAGACGGAGGAGUCACAGACAGACCCACAGACGGAGGAGUCACAGACAGACUCACAGACAGAUAAGUCACAGACAGACCCACAGACCGAGGAGUCACAGACGGACUCACAGACAGAUGAGUCACAGACAGACCUCCAGACAGAGUCACUGACAGAGUCACGGAAGGACCUACAGACAGACCUACGGACGGAGGGGUCACGGACGGACCUACAGACAGAGUCACAGACGCAGAGCUCCACCAGCAACUACACAGGUCUGUCCUGCCCCGCCCUGCUCCCGCCCCGGCGGGGGUCUUUCUACGUGGAGGCGGGUACGGGGGUCUCGGUGGGCAGCGUGCUGGCCUUCUGGUGCCGGGGGGGCUACCAGCUGGUGGGCGGCGACCGAGUCCGCUGUGAGGUCCGCAGGGGGCGGGCCGAGUGGAGCAACCACAAGCCCGUCUGUGAAGCCAUCCCGCGGCCUGAGGACAGGGGUCUGCGUGUGGCGGUGCUGGCCUCGGUGGUCAGCGGGGUGGUCAUCCUGGCCAUGUCCGUCUCCUUCCUCAUCUGCUGCCUGCAGGAGCGCCACGGGGGCCAGGGGGCCCCCCGCAGGGAGGGGCCCUGCAGGGAGGGGCCCCGCAGGGAGGGCGCCCCCAGCAGCAGGCGGAGGGAGAAGCGGGCGGGGUCGCGGCGGGGGGAGUGCUGGCUGGAGCGGGAGGAGGGGGAGUGGGACUCCUUCGCACCCCCCAAGAUCUUCCACCUGUCCCAGCGGGCGGACCCCCGGCUGGCCCCGGACAGCGCCCUCUACCUGACCGGGGGCCUCACGGGCUACGAGAACAGAGGCUACCACAGGAGCCAGGAGAGCCUCCUGAAGGCUCCCCUCCCCAGCCUCUACCGCUCAGAGUCCCAGCUCUACCCCCACGUGGUCCUUCAGAGGGUCCCCACCCCCACCGUCCCUACCGCCCCCUCUGCCCCGCCCGCCGGCCCCUCGCCCACCAGCACCCACCACCACCCGUCCUCCACCACCACCUCCACCUCAAGCGCCAUCCACCACCUCCAGGCACACCUCCGGGGCCACUACCCGACCUCAGGCCCCUACCCCACUUCAGGCCCCUACCCCACUUCGGGCCCCUGGCCCACAUCGGGCCCCUACCCACACAACCCCGGGGCGGUCGGCCCCGCCUACCCGGCCUCCGUCUACCCCAACCCCAACCCCGCCGCCCAAAGGCACUGGCAGUAACCCACCACCGGUUUGACAUCGGCCUCAUCCCUCCAUCGAUCCGGGAUAUGAUACGAAACAACGGCUCUUAAGAGAUGCUGGUUUUGACCAACACUGGUCUGGGGUUGCUAUGGUUACCAAGCUGAGCCCUGAGAUGUUGAGGGACCUCUUGGUGCAGUCGGGUGGAGGACGUGGACUCCUUUGAGGUGGUGUCUGUGUCUGAGGUCUCCCCAUACAAAUUGAGGGGCGUAUUCCAAAGGAACUUCCUGUGGUUAACCAGGCAGGAUGGCGAUCUCCUUCAUGAUCAGGUCUGUGGUGUGAACCUUCCCUCUCGACCCAGCCUUGCAGGGUCUUGGGAUUCCUGGGUCUAGAUUACACACUUCUGGGGUGAAGACCACCACCCUGGGGUCUUCAUUCUGGGGUCUAAACACUCUCAGAAGAUCUGGAGGGAAGGACAAAAGGGAACAUGUUUUGUACCCGCAAGUGACAUCUGAGAACUGCUUUUCAAAACGGACCAACCAGCCAGGUCCCGCAGUGUGUGUGAAAUUAGUUGUAGCUUUACCAGGGACAUGUGAUUACAAAAGAGUGAUUAGGAGCCUCCCGAUUGGUUUAUACAUUCCUGCAGUCAAUAUGUCGGAUGGUCAGAGGAUUUCAAAAUGGCAGCUCCGCGAUGCAGCGGGAGACAGAACCAGGACUUCUAAGAUGGCUGCUCCCGUACCAGAUAACAUUCUUUAUGUCACUUCCUGGAGGUGUUUGGACACAACUGUCCCACUAGCAUAGACCCUUCAGACCCUCUGGAACCGACUUUAUUAACAAUAACUCAACAUCACGAGACCUGUUUAUUUCUCUGGUUGUUAGAUUGUCAAGAUAUUAAAGUUGGUUUGUCGUUUAA